UUCCCCCUCACCAACCUUCCUUCCGCCGUGCAUUGCCCUCGAUAUUUCUGCGAAACCCUAUUUCCUUCCUGUUGCCGGCGACAGGUGCCGCUGAGAAGAAAACGAGUUAUAUAGUGAAUAUAUACGUAUUAUACGCGUUUAGUAUACGACGUAAUCAACAACUAAACGAACACCCCAGCGAGCAAGUGUCGACUACACUACAGAAGGGGGAAAGCAUGUCAGCCUUGGGCGCCUCCACUGCUGUGACUGCGAACGCUGGUCACCUUCGAAGUGCAUCCGCUCUCGUUCACCUCUGCAACACUCACCGAAGCAGUCGCUUUUCUCAACAGUCUCCAGUCGUAUUGUGUAGGAUUCAAUCGUCGUCGUUGCAUUCUGGUAUCAACCCAGUAAGGGCAAUGGCAGAAGCGGAGACGUUGUCGAAGGAGAAACAAUCUCGGUCGAUUGGUGUUGGCAACAGGCAAGUGUUGAUAUCAUUGUCGGAUAAGCGGGACCUUGCUUUUCUUGGGAGUGGACUUCAGGACUUAGGGUAUACUAUUGUUUCAACUGGAGGAACCGCAUCUGCUUUGCAAGAAGCUGGGGUCUCUGUAACUAAAGUGGAAGAACUAACUCAUUUCCCCGAAAUGCUUGAUGGUCGUGUCAAAACUUUACAUCCUAACAUACAUGGGGGUAUUCUCGCUAGAAGAGACCAGAAACAUCACAUUGAAGCCUUAAGUGAGCAUGGAAUUGGAACAUUUGAUGUAGUGGUUGUGAACUUGUAUCCUUUCUAUGAUAAAGUUUCUUCUGCUGGGGGAAUUACAUUCGAGGAUGGCAUUGAAAAUGUUGAUAUUGGAGGUCCUGCCAUGAUCAGAGCUGCAGCAAAGAAUCACAAGGAUGUCUUGGUUGUUGUUGACUCAAAUGACUAUCCUGCGCUAUUGGAAUUUCUGAAAGGAAACCAAGAUGACCAACAGUUCCGCAGAAAGCUCGCUUGGAAAGCAUUUCAACAUGUAGCUUCUUAUGAUUCUGCAGUCUCUGAGUGGCUAUGGAAACAGACAGAGGGAGACAAAUUUCCUCCCAGCUUUACGGUCCCUCUCUUGCUUAAAAGCUCUCUUCGUUAUGGUGAAAAUCCACAUCAAAAAGCUGCAUUUUAUGUUGACAAGAGCCUUUCUGAGGUUAAUGCUGGUGGGAUUGCAACUGCUAUACAGCAUCAUGGGAAGGAGAUGUCAUAUAAUAACUAUUUAGAUGCAGAUGCAGCUUGGAAUUGUGUAUCAGAAUUUAAGAACCCUACUUGUGUAAUUGUAAAGCAUACAAAUCCCUGUGGGGUAGCUUCACGGGAUGAUAUCCGUGAAGCAUAUAGACUUGCUGUGAAAGCAGAUCCGGUGAGUGCAUUUGGUGGAAUAGUGGCCUUCAACAUAGAAGUUGAUGAGGCUCUUGCAAAGGAAAUCCGAGAGUUCAGAAGUCCCACUGAUGGUGAAACACGAAUGUUUUAUGAAAUAGUGGUUGCACCUAAGUAUUCACAGAGGGGUCUUGAAAUCCUCCGGGGCAAGUCAAAAACUCUGAGGAUUCUUGAAGCAAGAAAGAAUGAGAAAGGAAAACUUUCACUCAGACAAGUUGGUGGGGGGUGGUUAGUUCAGGAGUCGGAUGAUUUAACACCCCAAGAUAUACAAUUUAAUGCAGUAUCAGAAAAAACACCACAAGAAAGUGAGCUUCGUGAUGCUGAGUUUGCAUGGCUCUGUGUUAAACAUGUCAAGAGCAAUGCUAUUGUAAUAGCUAAGAAUAACUGUAUGUUGGGGAUGGGGAGUGGGCAACCAAACCGUUUGGAGAGCCUCAGGAUAGCUUUGAAAAAGGCAGGAGAAGAUGUUAAAGGAGCGGCUUUGGCCAGUGACGCUUUCUUUCCAUUUGCUUGGAAAGAUGCAGUGGAAGAAGCAUGUGAAAGUGGGAUAGGAACUAUUGCAGAACCAGGGGGGAGCAUCAGAGAUGGGGAUGCUAUUGAUUGUUGCAACAAAUAUGGAGUUUCUCUCCUGUUCACCAAUGUGAGGCACUUCAGGCAUUGAUAGGGUUACUAAAAACUGCUAUUCUUUUGUUCUCUUUUUCUCUGGCUCAAAUAGAACGGUUGGAGAAGUUAUCAUAAGACCAGAAGUUGGCAGGAGCGUGAAGGUUUAUUUGGCUACUCUUUUUUUUUUGGUGAAAUUCUGUUGGCUACUUUCCUAAAAUAAGUUGUGGCCUUUUGAAAAGUUUUGGUAAUUAGAUAGAGGAGGUGUGUAAUAAAAAUCCUUGCUAUUUCGAUCAGAUGUAUCAUCCAUGGAUAAUGCUAGAUUUAUUUUUAAUUUAUUUUGUGUGAAUGUACUCUUUAAACUUUGGUUCAUUUGAUUGAAUGACCAAACUGCUAGAUUUAUUUUUAA